CUCCUCAAAGUAGCUAAUUGCGAUCAAUUCCACCACCACCCAGUGGCCCUCCAUUUCCCCCUCCCUUCCGCACGUAACAUUUCUCUUCCCAUUGCUGCUUUUUUGAGGUGAUACUGACUAUCACCAGCACUUCACAUCUCUGCUCUCCUUGCCUCUAUCCGUGCUACUCCACGUAACAUGGAAUCAUCUAGUACACCCUUCCUCUCCCCGGGGGAACCCCGUUUGUCUUCAUCAUCAGAGGAUGGUUAUACCUACGACAAACAUCCAUCCAAAGCAAAGCCAUUGUGGCAGCGGCAGCCGUUCCUCGCUGUAUUUCACACCAUUGUAUACCCCCUUGCCGCCUGGGGCUUCAUAUCACUGUUCUCCUACAUCUUACCUUUCACAUCGACCCUGGAACCUACUUCACACCCUUCAGUGACCCCCGAUGUCUACCGCCCCGAGACCCUAUCCCCGGGUCUAAGCAUCUGCGACUGCGGCACCACCAUUAAAGAAGCCCUCCUUCUAAACUGCGUCUACGACUCCCUAGCCACAGCCUGGUUACCUCCCCACUGCCGGGACGCCGAAUUGACCGCCCUCUUUGACCAGGCUGGUCCCGGACCCAACGGGGAAUGGAGUUACUAUCUCGACGAGAACGGGACCGUCCCCCUCACCAACGAUGAAAUCGCUUUAUUAGGCGAAAGUGGAGGCUCGUUCUGGUCGACCCGAGAGUGGCACAUCGCCCAUUGCGUCUUCUACUGGCAAAAGUACUAUCGGAUGCGCGACACGGGGACAGUCAUGGAGGCAAGGUUUGGGAACCUAAGUCAUGUGGAGCAUUGUUCGCGACUUAUCAUGAGCCCAGUGCCCAAUCACUUCUUUUUGCUCUCGGUACCGGUCAUGAUGAAUUCGAGUGCGGAGCAUGAGAAGCCGUCGAGGCUUUCUCGGCCUAGUGAGGGUCAUACAUAG